GCUGCAAUCGGACGUCGGUAGAGCUCAGCUACGAACGAAAGUGUUGAGGUGCUCCCUAAAUCAGGGAAAAGUCAGGCAAAGAUAAUCCAAAAAGAAAAAAAUAUGAAAAUAUAUAUUUUUUGAGUAGAAGAAAUAUGUGAAAAAUGGGUUUGCCUAGAAAAUCGGCUACAGAAUGCAAUGCAAAUAAAAAGUGACAGCCCGAAGAAAAUAAAAAAGUAUGUUACAGUGAAAAAAUAAUAUAGUAUAUACUAAGGGCAGUGAAAAAAUUGGGUGAAAAAGUAUACUAACAUACUAAUGCAUGGUUAUAAACUUAAAUUCAAAAUAAAGAUUGGGUGGAGUUUUUAAAAGAAAAUAAAGUGAGCAAAUAAAUUUGCAAAAAAAAGUGAAAGUAAAUGGAAAAUUAACGCAUUAAAUGAAGGAAAAGCGUGAAGGCCUAGUUAACUACAAACAUAUAUACAUACAUGCGCAAAUAUUGGCAGUGAAAACGACAAAAAGCAAGUUUUCUGUCUGACAACGAAAGGGCGACAUUAGCAAAUCUAUAAAAAAAACCGAUGGCAAAAUAAAUGUGCUGGAAACGUGGCUACACGAAUUGCCCGAAUAAUUCAGAUUUGAUCAAGAAAAAUUUACAUAAUUUAAAUGGUUUGUCAUUAAAAUAAAAAAAAAACAUAGUGAUUUGAAGCUUAUACUCGUAGAUAGUGUUAAAAAGUGCAAACGAUAAAUAAAGGAAAGAUAUGUUUAAAAUAUAUGUAUGCAAUAUAUUAUACGCUAAUAUUCUGUUUUUCAACUCAGCUGUUAAAUUGCUAUUUCAAAACCUAUACGCUUGCUACGGCUAAAUACUCAUUAAGAUACAAAUGAAGGCAGCUUGAUAUUAUGACGUAUAAUUAAGAGGAAUAAGGAAAUAUUCAGCUGGCAUAUAUACAAAUGCAACUAUAAAAACGCACACAUAAUGAAGAUAAUCAUAGUGCUAACCGCAUUGAUAAGCUGCCAAAAGUUAUACGUUCCGUUGUGAUAAAUAAUUGCGAAGAGUGUGACAUCGAUUAGUAGUUAAUAUAUGUACAUCGUGGUAGUAGAACGACCAUUUGGGAUUAGCUAAGGGAACUUAACAAACAGCCUGUGAUUCAAUCAUUAGAAAAAGACAUGUGGGAGAGCCGCUACGCAAUACAAACUUAUAAUUUUGAAGUGGAUGCUGCAAAUAAUAUACCGGAUACUAAGAUAGUGGAAAUAUUUGUGAUUCGUGACCAUACAACUAAGUUUAAUUUAGUAAAAAAGAACACAUUUUGAAAGGAAAUCUAGAAAAAUUUUCCUGAGAGUCACAAAUAAAAUUUGCUUGAUUACUAUAGAGAGACUGUAAUAACAAAAUUUAUGCAAUGUAGCGUGGCGGACUUAUGGUCGGCGAACGCGAUAGAGACCGUGAAACGGUACGCUGGGAAACGGGUGAUGCAACACCGCCCCAAUUCAAUAAUGGAGGUACGCAAAUGGUCGGACAACUGCAUGGUGGACAGGCUGCUAGCCAACAACAACAACAGCAAAAGCAGCAACAGUCUCAGCGCGAUCUACAGCUACAGCAGCAACAACAUUUGCAAUUGCAACAGCAACAAUUACUCCAACAACAACAGCAGCAACAAACCAGUAAUUGGAUUGAAAACGAAACGCUUGGCCGCAGCCCGGCAUCUGGAGCAACAGCUGCCGUCAGUAGCCUCAGCCACAUCACCCAGGGCUACGACCUUGGCGACAACAACGAUAACCAAGCCUACUACGAUACAAGCGGUAAUGUCGAUUGGGGCCGAGCGAUGGGAACCGGUGGAGCUAGUUCAUUUGGUUGCGGCACUGGAGCUGUCCCAACAACUGGCAAUCUUGCUUAUAACAAUGGCGCAGCUGCUUCUGCGGCUGCCGGUACCAGCGUCACUACCAGCCAACGCCAUCUCAACAAUAUCGGUGGCGGCAGCAUUGGAAACUUGGAUUACGAUGAUGGCGGCAGUAUUACUGGCGCAUCCGCCACAACCACGCACACCGCAGGCGGCCUUGGUGGCCCUAUGGGCAAUGGCGGUAUUGGUGGCGUUGCCUCGCCUGGCGGUCAAAACAUCGGUGGCAUUGGCGGUACCGGAACUGGUGCUGGUAGUACCGGCGCAGUUGGCAAAGAAGUGCGAUACGCUCCAUUCCCAAUACCAUCACCGACGCACUCCAAUCCGACGACUUCCCAUAUGCACGGCAGCAUGGGCACUGGCGCAUUGCAGCGCGCACAUUCCAGAUCCAUGUCCUCCAUACCACCACCCGAACCCUUUAUGAUAGCGCAAUCGAAACAAGUGAAUAGCCGCGUGUCCAUCAAUGUAGGCGGCGUCAAACAUGAGGUUCUCUGGCGCACACUCGAAAGACUGCCGCACACACGUCUGGGCCGAUUGCGCGAAUGCACCACGCACGAGGCAAUUAUUGAGCUAUGCGACGACUAUUCGAUAGUCGACAACGAGUAUUUCUUCGACCGACACCCGAAAAGUUUCAGCUCCAUAUUGAACUUCUAUCGUACCGGAAAGCUACACAUCGUCGACGAGAUGUGUGUUCUGGCAUUUAGUGAUGAUCUCGAGUACUGGGGGGUCGAUGAGUUGUAUCUGGAGUCGUGCUGCCAGCACAAGUACCACCAGCGAAAAGAGAAUGUGCACGAAGAAAUGCGCAAAGAAGCCGAAUCGCUGCGACAACGGGACGAAGAAGAGUUCGGCGAAGGCAAGUGUGCUGAAUACCAGAAGUACUUGUGGGAGCUGCUCGAGAAGCCAAACACCAGCUUCGCCGCGAGGGUUAUCGCAGUGAUAUCCAUACUAUUUAUAGUCCUGUCUACCAUAGCCCUGACGUUGAACACCCUACCACAACUACAACACAGUGAGAAUGGUACACCAUCCGAUAAUCCGCAAUUGGCUAUGGUUGAGGCCGUUUGCAUAUCGUGGUUCACCUUAGAGUAUAUACUUAGGUUUAGUGCGUCGCCGGACAAAUGGAAAUUCUUUAAGGGCGGCCUUAACAUAAUCGAUCUAUUGGCAAUACUCCCAUAUUUUGUUUCCCUAUUCCUAUUGGAGACGAAUAAGAAUGCAACGGACCAGUUCCAGGAUGUGCGCCGGGUGGUGCAAGUAUUUCGCAUCAUGCGCAUCCUGCGAAUCCUUAAGCUGGCCCGUCACUCAACGGGCCUGCAGUCGUUAGGCUUUACGCUACGUAAUUCAUAUAAGGAACUCGGUCUACUAAUGCUGUUCCUGGCCAUGGGCGUUCUCAUAUUUUCUUCGCUGGCAUAUUUUGCCGAAAAGGAUGAAAAGGAUACAAAAUUCGUUUCAAUACCGGAAACAUUUUGGUGGGCGGGUAUUACAAUGACAACUGUUGGCUACGGGGACAUCUAUCCCACUACUGCACUGGGAAAGGUUAUUGGUACUGUGUGUUGCAUAUGCGGUGUUCUGGUAAUCGCUUUGCCUAUUCCCAUCAUCGUUAACAAUUUUGCUGAAUUUUAUAAGAACCAGAUGCGACGCGAGAAGGCGCUCAAGCGACGUGAGGCGCUCGAUCGGGCGAAACGUGAAGGAAGCAUCGUCUCCUUUCAUCAUAUCAAUCUGAAAGAUGCCUUUGCCAAAUCCAUGGAUCUCAUAGAUGUUAUUGUCGAUACAGAAAAGCGCGAAAGUCGCAAUAGAUCAAUAAAAAAUUGGCAUCGUUUAACCCACGCGCUACGACGGUCCUCCACAGGGCACAAUCUCUCACAGACCGAUGGGAAUAGCACCGAAGACGGCGAGUCAACCAGCGGCGGCGGCCGCAACCCGGCCACCACCGGCGCCGGCUGCUACCGGAACUUCGAUCAUAUGGCCAAUCUGAGGAAUUCGAAUAUGACGCAUCACUUUCGUCCAUCUGUACCUGACCAGGAAUCAGUUCCUCCAUAUAGUUAUGUCGAUACUCCGAAUGCCCACCUAACGUCCAUGACGGCCAUGGAGAGCUACAAGCGCGAACAACAACAACGCCAGCUGCAGCAGCAAUUGCUACGCGAACAGCGUGAGAAGCUGGAGCAAUUGGCGCAGCAGCAGGCGGAUACCCUCCUCACCACAUCCGUUGCACCCUUACUGAGCACAGCAGCAUCAGCAGCGGUUACAACAACAGCCGCCGCUAACACCUUGCCGAUAAUCACGGCUAAUGGCGGUGCGAGUGUGCCAAGCGGAGCCGGUAAUGCGGUUGGCUCGGGCUCCAACACCGCGGCGGCGGCAGCAGCCGCAGCAGUGGACGAUACUGCUGCCAACUCCUCACAGGCAGGUGAUAGCGUGUCGCUGGUGCCAUCCGGUCCACGGCCAUUGCAAAUGAUGAUAGCACCUGGGGAAGUGGCCGAGCUGCGACGUCAGGUGGCACUCGAGAAUUUGCAAAACCAGAGAAUGGAUAAUUUCGAACAGGAUGUACCGGUGGAGUUUGAAUGCUGCUUUUGCACAACGAAGGACUUCAAGGAGUUCACCGAUGCCGAGGGUGUAAUUUCGCUUCCAACGUCGGAUUUCCACAAGCCCGUUUGCGUGGAGAUGCGAAUGGCUGCCAAUCAAGCGAACCGAGAUCUGCGCGCCAACCAGUUCGGUUUGCUGGCCCCACCUAUACACCUGCCGACGUCUCAGCCACAGUUAGUAGGGGCCAUUACUGCCGCUACAGGCGACGCACAUGCCGAAGUCAUAUUUUCGAUUGGCGGUGGUGGCGGCGUGAUGCGCACCCCACACCAUCUGCCCCAGCACACUGCCAAUAGCCUAGCGCCGAUUGCAUCGCAAUCAUCAUCCACCUCGUCAUCGUAUGGCACCACUACGUCCACCACCAUAGCUCUGCCACUCGACACUCCAUUUCGUUACCCACCAUUCAUCACUAGCUACAGCAACAAUAACUUCAAUUACAAUUAUAACAAUAAUUUCAAUACAACAUCGGUGGGUGCAUGUCCAGCACUGUCAAUGGCAACCGGUAAUGCUGCUCUGGCUUUGGGGAGCAAUUUUAAUAACAACUUCAAUGUUAACAUCAACAACAAUAACAAUGCAGAUCUGGCUAGCGUGGACAGUUCGGAUACGUACGCCAGCUGUCAAACUCAUCCAUUUCAUUCCCAAGGUGAUCUCACUGCCGACCUGGCCGACGAAGCGUGUGCACUGGACAUCGACAUGGAUAACUUGUACAUAAACCCGUUGGAAAAAGAAUCGACGACGUCGACAAGUGGACCAGGCACAACAGGUUAUAUCGUCGGUCUUCCACCAACCGGUGCUACUGGUCUGACACCGAUGGGACUGAUGCGUUCGCAGGUGAAGAAAAGCACGUCGGGAGACACGGCGCUACGUAAUAUGGCCGCAGGCGGUCUGAGUCCGAUGGACGAGGUAUAUCAAAACUUCGAAGUGCAAGAACGCGGCAGUCGUGUUAGUCUCAAUGAGAAUCCCGUUCCAAAACACCGCAAAACACGAUUCCAAAGUUUCACGUCGAUGCCUACCGGCGCAGGGACUUCAAACAAGCCACGAGCACGCUUCGAAGAGGCCAAGAUCAUACAAGACAACGCAAGCGGCAGCCACGAUAGCAGCCCUGCCGGCAGCGGGAGCAAGAAGAAGCGCUCAUCAUUCAUGCCCGGAAAGAGUUUAGCCACUGCCACCAAGCUAAUCAACCAGCAUCUGUUCGGAAUACAGAAUGUUGGACAAAAAGCGAAAUUCGAAAGUAAACAUUCCUCGUCGAUAGACUCUAUCGACGUAUCUCCAAAUCUUGAGCAGCAUCGACGUUCAAAGUCGAUACUCAAAAACAAAUCUGAUAUCUCACGGGUGCUCGCAGAUCCCGAGAGCGAGCGCCUACUGGCCGACAAUAUGUCUGGGUCGGGUGUGUCUGACAAUGGCACCGUCAUGUUUUGUUUACAGGGCGAAUCUGGCAGCGAUUACUCACCGAAUAAAUUACCUCACUCAAUUUUAGCCAAGUCUAUCUCCCCACCACCAUUGCGGCAUCGGAUGCUGAUACAACAGCGUUCCGGCCCUGCGACGCUGCAGUCGAGGCCAACAAAAUUCCAAACGCCACGCUACCCAGAGGAGCAAGCGUUGCGCCACGUCAAGCCAAUGUUGGCGCGUUCAACUGCCACAUCGCACAUGUCCGGCGACAGUCGAUACGACUCGACCAACAGAGACAGUAGUCAAGACUCGGAAACCACUUUUACGUCCAACGUGAACAUACGCAGCGAAACUGGUGACGGUGGUGCCGUGAGCAAUGGUGAGGCGGCUGGUUCUAGCGAUGAAAAUCGUUCGCUCCUACAACGUGGCAACUCCGAUGAACAAAACGAUAGGGAUGAAAAUGGUGGCGGUGAAACUGGGGCCACGUAGCAAUUACUUAAAAA